AUUCACCGUUCAUCAUUCGUCCCCCGCCGCUCUAAGCGUCUGAAGCAGGCGAUGAUCAAUCCUCAACCUAUCGGAGAGUCCGAGGGAUGUGCAGAGCCUAAAUCCAAGAGCGAUCGGCCAUCAUCCACAGAUACUUUCAAAUCGCAACGUGCAGUGGAGCCGCAAGACUCCUCGAUCCUAGUCCAGGAUAUCGACACCAGUUCUACCGCCGUCCCAGGCGCAACGGCCGCUGCCACCGCAUCUUUCUCUACCCUCCGUUCUACGCGU